AUGUCUGGCCUGGUCUGGCCUGGUUGCGGCAUCGGAUCAUCUGGCCUGGUUGCGGCACCGGAUCAGUCUGGCCUGGUUGCGGCACCGGAUCAGUCUGGCCUGGUUGCGGCACCGGAUCAGUCUGGCCUGGUUGCGGCAUCGGAUCAGUCUGGCCUGGUUGCGGCACCGGAUCAGUCUGGCCUGGUUGCGGCACCGGAUCAGUCUGGCCUGGUUGCGGCAUCGGAUCAGUCUGGUCUGGUUGCGGCACCGGAUCAGCCCGAUGUCUGGCCUGUUACCGAGCAGGGGCGAGUCGGCUAG